UAUAAUUUGUGUCAAAAUGGAAGGUGAACGAAUAACAGACCUAAAUAAUUUAUUGAAACCAGCACUUGGAGAAAAUGUUGAAAUAGUGGACAAGACAAUAACAAAUCUCACUCUUCCAGGUGAUAAUUACUUCAGCGACAUGCUUAAACUGCAAGUUACAACAAGAAAUAAGGAUACCAAUGCUACAAACACCGAGCAUUUUGUCGCAAAGUGUUGUGUCGCCGAGAAAGAAUUGGCUGCAAAAAGCGCUAGCAUGUUUAAACCGGAAAUCGCCUUUUAUAAGGAAAUUGUACCGACAAUGCAGAUGUUUUUGAGAGAACAUGGUCUGAAGGAAGUCGAGAUUUUUCCGAAAAUGAUUGCUGCCAGAUACAAUCUUGAUGGCAAAGAAGAACCUGACGGGGAUGCAGUUUUGGUUUUGGAAAAUCUUCAAGUGGCAGGAUAUAGCAAUCAAGAUAGACACAAGGGAUUCGACUUAGAGGGCGCCAAACUACUGGUCACUGACUUAGCUGUCUUCCACGCUGUUCCUCUAGCAAUCAAAUUGAAACAGCCAAAUUUGUUUCGAAAGGUAUUUGUAGACAACUGUCCCAAAAAUAAACCCAAAGAAAAUGAUCCUGAUGAUCGUGGUAUACCAAAGAUACCCAGAGCUACCUUGAAACAAAUAUUAAGAGAAGAUAAUAUCUGCAAACAACAAGUAGAUCAGUUGGAUGAUUUGAUCGAUGCUGAUGAAGAGAAUUUUAGAAAAGGAAAUUUAUUUAAUAAGCCUGAUGUAAAACAAACGGUAUUUUCUGGACUUGUACAUAAGGAUUUGUGGGUAAAUAAUACUAUGCAGAUGAAGGAUAAAGACGGAAAGUUAGUAAAAAAUAAUUUUGUGGACUUUCAGAUGUACGGUAUACAAGAUGUUACCACCGAUUUAAUUUUCUUUCUUCUUAGUAGCGUAGAUAUAGUGACAUUGGAAGAACAUUUUGAUUAUCUUUUGAUGGUGUACCAUGAACGUUUGGUUAAAACUUUGGAAUCUCUAAAAUGUGACGUAUCUUCGUUCAAAUAUGUCGAUUUUAUAAAUAAUCUAAAGGAAAACACUAUUGGAGAAUUUUUCCAUAUACUUUUAAUGAAUAAUCUUGUAAUAUACAUUAAAAAAGGAGAAAAAACUAACUUUGAUAUAAUCAAAAAUUUAACAGUUGAUAAUAUGCAUCCUAUUGCUAAGAAGAAAUUUGUGUUUUUAUUUAAAAUGUUAGUUCAAAAAGAAUGGAUUUAACUAUGUAGCUUUUUUUAUUUUAUUUAUUAAAUAUUCUUAUUAUGUA